UCAUAUAAGCCAUGACGAGAAGACGCCAUAUUGUAAACUUUUAUUUUCACUGUGUUUGAAUGUAGUGUAUUUGUGAAAAUAUUUUUCGUAAAAACUAUUUUUGUUCAAUUGAUAAUUAGUAGUCAAAAUAUCAAAAACGUAAUGGAAUCCCUUAUUGGUUACGGAAGUGAUGACGAUGUUGAAACUGAGCGCAGCAGUCGACACGCAGUGGUGGGAUCCUCCAGGCGUCGGGAGGACGAUACUAACUACGAUGACGUCAAUAUGGAUUUGAGUGAGGAAUCCCAGAGUGUGGAGUCGGAGCCUGAGCUGCCACCGGCUGCUUCCAGUACAAGAAGAUCGUCUAGAGAACAUAGAAGAGAAUCUAAUGACACUCGCGAGAGGGAUCGUACACGUGAUAUGGGUCGCGAUCGCAAUAGUGACGACAUGCGUGACAGGGACCGACACCGGGACGGUCCCAGGGAAAGGGAACGAGACUGUCUCAGAGACCGGGAACGAGACGGUCCCAGGGACAGGCGGCGGGACGAGCGGGAAAGACGCUCACCCAAGAGAGAUGACAGGCAUAGAGAUCGCUUUCGGGGAGCACAAGAUUCUCGCCGUGGCUUGUUAGGAGAUAGACCAGAUGAAAAAACUGAUAAGAUGCCAGCCUUGACGGAUCUAAAGCCCUAUGAUGGGGAACCACCCCCAGGAAGAGGCCAUGAUGCACGGGAUGCUGUCUCCCCCAGAUUCACAGAGCGAGGUCGUCGCGAGAGGGAUAGAGAGCGUGAGAGGGAAAGAGGCAGAGACAGGGACAACAGACACUCACAGAGAUCUGAUGAGAGGAGGUCAGGAAGAAAUGACCGGUCGCGCUCUCGUGGGGCAGCCUAUCCCCCACCACAAGCAUUAGCUUCAGACAGGGACAGACGAGGUUCACCACCAUCUGCUGAUUACAGACCAUCUUCAUACAAAGUUAAUAGGAAACUUGAUGUCAUGGAAAAAAUGGGGCUGCAAAUUAAAACCCCGGAUGGGUCGAUGGCUACGGCGCAGCAACUACGUGCUGCGGCCAGCGAGGCUCCAAGCGGUCUACCGCCAUAUUACAACCCUGCAGCUGUACAUAGCAACAAGGCACUUGAUCAGAAACGCAAGUUGCUGUGGUCUCAUAAAGAAAAGAGCGAGUCCACUGCGGCGUGCUGGUCAGGAGCGAGGUUCGCACAGGACGCCGAUGGGAAACAAGUCUCUAAGUUCAUGAGGCUUAUGGGCAUCAAGGAUGGUACUGCAGCUACCGCGAAACCCGAGGCAGCAGUGGCGGACCCGAAUAAAAAGCAAGAGGAGCUGUUCCAAGCCAUGCAAGCGCAGUAUGAGGUGGCUCGAGCCACUACUCACACCAUGAGGGGAGUCGGUCUCGGCUUUCAACGGGGGAACUACUAAUGUAUAUAGUAAACUAUGCGAGAGGCAGUGACAGCUUUGACUGAUUGGGUUAUUGAAAAUGUAAAAUCUUAUUAUAUAACAAAGACAAAUAAAAAUUUCAAAUUACCGGAGUAGUUUGUUAGUUGUCACUUGUCUUAGUAACUUCUAUGUCUCCCUAAGACUCUACAGUGUUAUCAUGACAAUAUCUUGUUGUAUUUGUCUGUAGAAGUUUAUGAUUGAAUAUGAAGAUGAUAAAAGAUUAUCAUUUAAUUAUUCAGGCUUAAAUAUUUUUAAUUCUAUGGUUAUCCUAUUUACUAGUUACUUUCUAUUCAAAGUAAAUAUGUAUGGAAUUUUAAAUAUACUAUUUUAACUACCUGUGGGGGUAGAUUUUAACUUUUAUAGCUUUCUCAUUUUCAUGGUUCCUGAUUCAUAACUUACUUAUUGAGAUAUGAAUCUUAAACCUCGUAUGAUAUAUUUUAUUGUAUACAAUGUAUGUGAUGAAUAGUUUUUUUCUGAACCUCCUUCUGAUUACGUUCUCACUUUUUUUUUACAAAUUUUUCUUAUAUCAAUAAUAGAGUUAUGAGGUAUAUUAUGUCUAAUGGUGCAAGUACUCUCCCAACAUGUAUUACAUUAAAUAAAUAUUACUAUUUUCCUUUCGCGUGUUAAUAAUGUGUCAAAUUUUAUGAUUUCCCAACUAUAAUGUAAAGUAAGGAAACUAUGCUAUUUAAAAGAACUUAUUUAAAACCCUAUCAUAAAAUUUAAUAAGUGUUUGCCGGCGUUCGUGUGAUAUUGGUAUAAAGGUAGGGGUUGUAAACACUGUCGUAAAUGUAGUUCCCUGGUAGUUAGUUAAGUUUCAUUAUUAAUGGUAGUUUGCAAAAGUGUGUACUACUUUAAAAUGUAAAAUAAAUAAUACUAUCA